AUGAGUAGCGUGUAUGUUCCACUGGUGAUUCGUCUCGAAGUCGCCACAGCCACCGCCAAACUUGCCACCUUCUCCGAAACCUCAACCUCACCCAACCAUCUUCAAAGUUCGCCAAGCGCCGCCGAAAGAACGCGAAAGCGUCUGGGAUUGUUGACAAUGAAGCGAGUGUCGCCACCGAAAUCGAAAGAAGAGGCGCCGGUGCUGAAUGCAGAAAAUCAUCAGGGGAAAGCGGAGAAGGUUGAGUGGAAGAAGGAUAGUAAGGGACGACGGACUUAUUCGGAAGUUGUUGUUGAGCAUUUGGAUGGUGAUAAAUUGAUUGGUGGUGGAGAGGAGGGAGAUGGGGAAGCGGGAACAUCGUUGGGAACGGGAGCAACAGGUGAGGAGGAUUUUGUCAAGUAG